AGUAUUUUCAAAAUUAAAACGACAAGUUAACAUUGAUCCAUGGAAGUGAUCGAAUAUGGCAGCCCUCUGGAGCGCAUGUUCCCAAUCACGGUUGUCUGUUUUCAGUGUGAAAUAUGAGUUGGCGAGGAAGAUCGACCUAUCGGCGUAGGCCAGGCUAUGUAGAGCCUCCUGAAGUGAUUGGGCCUAUGCUGGUGAGCCAGUUCAGUGAUGAAGAAGUGGAACCACCAAAACCUGAAGAAGGGGAACCAGCAACUCAAAGUCAGGAUCCUGCACCUGCUCAGGAGGGAGAGGAUGAGGGAGCAUCUGCAGGGCAAGGGCCAGAGCCUGAAGCUGAUAGCCAGGAACAGGUUCACCCGAAGACUGGGUGUGAGCGUGGAGAUGGUCCUGAUGUCCAGAAGAUGGGCCUGCCAAAUCCAGAGGAGGUGAAAAUGACUGAAGAAG